AACACGUGACCAGCUCCUGCGUAAGCAAGUACAUUUAAGCCCUUCUGGUGAGGCAGUACAUGGCAAUACCCUCGUAAGGUUCGAGUAAAGUAGACUGCCUCCGCUCAUCUGAAAAAGAGGAAAGAAGUAUCCUCGGACGCCUCACCCACCGGUAUGCUCUUUUUUUUUUUUCAACGUCAGCCUCGACAUCUAGCAAGCUGAAGAAGGACGGAGGCCGCAUCAUCUCUCACUUAUAGGUCGCAUCAGCGCCACGAAAAAGGGACACGACCGAGGUUCCGGCCACCAUAGCAAGAGAAGUGAGAGUUCAUUUCAGCUCUAUAGCCGAACGUUUCAUAGAACAAUGGCGUACUUGGAUGUGCUGUGCUCGCACCUUUGGUUGGUGCCGGAAGAGCAAUUGCGAUGCCUGGACAACGAGGACGACUUCCCUGACGCUCCAAAGAUCGGCGAUAAAUCGUUACCGGAGGCCGUCAAGGUCGUUUACGCCCACCUGCGAUCCAUAAACGAAGUGCAAGAGCGACUGCAAUUCGCAGCUCACUUGUACACCUGUCUGGCCGUUAUGGGUGUCAUACGGCGCUGGGUGAUCUAUCGCAUCGACCAGAAGAAAGAGCACGACGUGGUCAUCUACGACAUCCUUUUAAGAAUGCGGCAACGGCGCGUCUACGGCUGCUUCGCCAAGACAACGCCAACCCUCUGCUGCACCUGCCUAAUCGUGCCUGACGAAGUAAGAAGCAGAGACUUCAAGCCUUACUUCUUCGUUGUCUGGCACGAAAAGCCGUGCGUGGCAAUACACGAGGCGUCCGAGGGACCUCCGCCCUUACUCCAAAACUCGCUCCGGCGGACAUUGGGCUCACGGCCCGAAUCCUUCCGUUGCGGCGUCUAUGAAGACCUGACCUCGGCCCAUUUUGGUGUCCUCCAGUUGUUCCCGUGACGGGGCCGUGAGCCCACCACGCAUGUCUUCGUUGGAGAAAGCAGCCGCGUUUACCGUCAUUUUGGCCAUAGAUUUCAAACCCAUUGCGACGACGUUGUUCGACAGACCACCAUCUUUUCGUGAAGCUGCAUGCUGCACCACUUCACUUCACCAGACAUGAAUACCGGGCAUCCCACUGUACACCAAAGCCAAGCUACUCUACAAGCUACUGCGAGCAAAGUAUUCCAAGUACCUCUGUUCAACUGUCACUUCUUCCAUGUUUCUUAAUUCUAAAUGUUUAGCUCUUCUUUAACCUCAUAGCUCAUUUCUUUAAAGAACCUGCCACCCAUUUACUGGUCCAUUCUCCAUUGUAUGCUGGCCCAUGCUCCAGCAUGCAAUCAUUUGAUUGAUAUGUGGGGUUUAA